GUGUGCUGUCAGAUGGAGGUCACCGAUCUGGAUCCCGACCCUCGGGCGGAGGGGUCUGAAGGAGAGGGGCCGUGCGUCCCGAGAAGGGGUGAAGGGAGUCCUGGGAAAGAGCCUGUUGUGCUUCAGUAUCCUGUACAAUUUGAUCCGUACGGGGAGAAGAUGCCGUUCCACCAUGUGACGGCAGGAUUGCUGUACAAGGGCAACUUCUUGAGUCGCUCACUGUCAGAACACAGCAAUAGCGAACAGCUCGCCAGCAUCUCUGUGGAGGAACUAGAUGAGAUCCGGGAGGCGUUCAGGGUCCUGGAUCGGGAUGGCAAUGGGUUCAUCUCCAAGCAGGAGCUUGGCAUGGCCAUGCGCUCACUAGGGUACAUGCCCAGUGAAGUGGAGCUGGCGAUCAUCAUGCAGAGAUUGGACAUGGAUGGUGAUGGACAGGUGGACUUUGAUGAGUUCAUGACGAUACUCGGACCUAAGCUCCUGUCCUCAGAAACACGGGAAGGCUUCCUUGGAAACACAAUAGACAGCAUAUUCUGGCAGUUUGACAUGCAGCGGAUAACACUGGAGGAGCUGAAACACAUCCUUUUUCAUGCCUUCCGGGACCACCUGACGAUGAAGGACAUCGAGAACAUCAUCAUCAAUGAGGAGGAGAGCUUGAACGAGAACUCGGGGAACUGUCAAACAGAGUUUGAGGGAGUUCAUCCUAAAAAGAAGAAUCGACAGACGUGCGUGCGCAAGAGCCUGAUAUGCGCUUUCGCCAUGGCCUUCAUCAUCAGCGUCAUGCUCAUCGCGGCCAAUCAGAUGCUGCGCAACGGCAUGGAGUAGCGACACCACUGUGAGCGGGGCCGAGCCUGCAUGUGCAUGUCUGUCGAUGAAGUUGUUGAAACUAACAAAUAAACACUCGAGAAACAAAACCAAACACCUCACUACUGAAAAGAGGAGCUUUUUAUUCUUUUCUUUUUUUUAAUAUGUAUUCUCCUGUUACUUUUCCACGCGGACCAAGUGACGCAGGAAGUGUACGGCGAGCCAAGCCAGCAUGUUACACGGGGCCUCAUCUCUCAGGCAGGGACUUUAAAGGGCUGACUUUCUGCUUGUUUCGUGCCACCUCUGUUCCCUAAUGCAAUAACACGCAGGAGUUCAUAAGCACCUCUCCUGCGACGCCAUCUCCUCCGUGGCUCCAGAUAUUUCAGCCGGGAUUCGCUGGUGAGCUUCUGCUGGAUUCGGGUCUGCUGUCGAUGUUGGAAGGCAAAAGUAAUUGGCAACUCAUUACACCUUUGUGGAGGGAGGGUUACAGCAUCCACUCCGGAGACUAUUUAUGUCUGCUCUUGCCAGAGCGCUUCUCUGGUUUAGGGGAUGGUGGGAGGCUGAGGAAGGAGUGCUCGUUGUAGACCAUAAUUAAAUUCAUAGUCGUCAGCUUCAAAAAUCCAUGAGCCUGACUCAUAGUUUUGAUCAUUUCGAAUCUGUUCUGCUAUUAGAUUGUGCAAUCUUACCAUGUCUGUCUAAUGCUUUUUCUGAAGUGGUUUGUAAUGAACACGCCCACGUGAAAUAUUGAAACGCCACAGAAAGUUGCACAGAUUUCCACAGAAUUGGAACUACCGUCAUUCAGAAGUUCUACUCAUUCCCUACUAUGUUUGUUCAGUACACACUGGUGGAGCAUGGCACUAGAAACAGGUUUGAUUCCCAGGGAAUGCACAUAAUUAUACAUUUAAAAAAAAAUGUAUGUCCUGAAUGCAUUGUAGGUUGCUUUGGAUAAAAGAGUCUACCAAAUGCAUUAAUGGAAUUGCUAAAAAAAUGAAUAUUUUGCUUUGUUUACUAGUAAAAAUAUCAACGUUUUCUUAAAACAUUAUUUGCCAAAUUGCAUAAAAUAUGGAGAUUUAUAUAUUUUAAAGAAUAUAUAUUAUAUAAACAAUUAUAUAUUUAAUUAAAUAUUAUAAACGUUAAAUUAAAAAUUACACC